AUGGCGGUACCAUUGUUCUUGCUUGCGGCUCUUAUCCUCACUCUCCGUAUGGCCGGUGGCAAAGAGCUGAGCAAGAUGGAUCUGAGGCCAAAUUUCAUCUUCAUCAUAACGGAUGAUCAAGACCUCCACAUGAACUCGCUCGACUAUCAGGACACGGUCAGAGAGGAGCUCGUCCAAAAGGGCACAACAUUCAACAAGCAUUUUUGUACCGUCUCUUUAUGUUGUCCGUCAAGAGUGUCUCUGCUUACCGGAAAAGCCGCUCACAACACAAAUGUCACUGAUGUGAAAUAUCCAUGGGGGGGAUACAGGAAGUUCAUCACACAGAAGCUCAACGAUGCCUAUUUGCCCGUGUGGCUUCAACAAUGGGGCUACAACACAUACUACGCGGGAAAACUCAUGAACCAACACAGCACUAAAACGUACAACUGGAGCUUCGCCAAGGGAUGGACUCGGUCUGACUUCUUGCUUGACCCCGGAACCUACAGCUACCUUGACGGCAUCAUGGCCCUGGACAGAGACGAGUACAGGAGUAUCAAGGGGCAGUAUUCCACCGACGUCAUUGCUAAUAGGUCCCUGGAGUUCCUCGGCAACGCCAUGGACGCCGGCAGGCCGUUCUUCUUGGGCAUCGCACCCAUCGCCCCUCACGCCAAUACGGGAUUCACGAGUCCAGUUCCCGCCGAACGUCACAGCCAUCUCUUCCCAGAUGCCGUGAUUCCUCGCACUCCGAGCUUCAACCCGAAAACACGCGGCCACGUCAGUUAUCUCAAAACUCUUCCGCGACUAAACUCCACACAGAUAGAAUACAUCGACGAGUUCUAUCGCUCCCGCCUGCGAGCACUCCAAGCCGUAGAUGAUAUGGUUGGCAGCAUCGUCGAUGCCCUACAGAAGCAGCCGGAAGUCUUGGCCAACACAUACAUCAUCUACACCAGCGACAACGGCUACCACCUCGGACAUCAUCGCCUACCCCCCGGCAAGACCUGCAACAUCGAAGAGGACAUCAACGUGCCCUUCAUCGUACGGGGCCCCGGGGUGACGCACGGCGCACAAGUCACGUUUCCCACCUCACAUGUCGAUAUCGCGCCUACGUUGUUCAAGCUUGCGGGUAUUCCUCUCCGCGAGGACUUUGACGGCGUCCCCAUCCCCGUGAGAUCCCAAGACCGGCUGCACCAAGUACGCGACAACGAGCACGUCAACAUAGAAUACUGGGGGAGUCCCUACGUCGAGGGCGAGCUCUUUGACAAUCUACGACACGUCAUGGCGAAGAACACGUACAAGACCCUCCGCGUCGUCGGCAAAAGCUACGACUUCAUGUACGGAGUCUGGUGCACCGACGAGCACCAGCUAUACGACAUGCGCGCCGAUCCGCACCAAAUGAACAACUUGUACGGAAUCCAGGGCAACACCUCAGGCUACGACGUUGCUGCCCUGACUGCACGUCUGGAAACGUUGCUGCUCACGCUCAAGAACUGCAAGGGCAGGGUGUGCCGACAGCCCUGGGAGAGGAUAUUUCCUGACCCCAGCGACCUUGUCUUUUCUCUCGAAGAGGCCAUGAACCCCAAGUUUGACGAUUUCUUCCUCCGCAGACAGCCGAGGAUUACGUUUUCAGAGUGCACGGUGGGCUACAUGCCUGAGCUUGAGGGGGCCUCGGGCCCGGUCGUCUACACGGACUGGAGUAAAUAUUUCUCGGAGAAGGAGUGGGCGGACGGCAUUUGA